AUGUCUGCGGCACCGAGCCCCACGAUCAAUGGCCUCUCUGCGCCCUUGCGCUCGGCGCUCAAGAGCGAGGACGAUGAACGCCCGUACCCCUCCAGUGGCUCUCUCAAAGCUGUACAGAUUGCGGAACCCGAGUCCGAAAUCCAGAUGCUGGAGGAUGAGUCCCUGCCUAUGAAGCAGUUCUCUGCUGGCUUCAGACGACGCCUGAGCGGUAAGCUCGCGCCAUCUCAACUCCCCAACGGUUCUUCCAGGUCGUCAUACAGCGAAAGCCCUUCCCCGGCUCACCACACCGAGGACUCGGGACCAACGUCCCACCCUACUUCGCAUCCUCACAGUCACCGCCGUCAGUACUACAGUGAGAAGCUUCUAGCCCAGGUUGGAGAUUGGUUGGAGCAUGAGCGGACCAAGGCAGCCGGGAGAAAGUCCAAGAAGACUACCCGUCGACGCAAGUCCAAGUCGCCUCCCAAGGCAAAGAGCUCCGAAACCGCCUCAGCUUCGGGCAAGGAGGCUGAACACUCUCAAGGGUCUGAUCAGGAGCAGAAUAGUCGCUCGCGCUCUGAUUCUAUUGACUCUGACUCGAGCGAUGUCUCCUUCGACAGGCUUCAGCGCAUUCUGGAGGACUCGAUGGCUCAUAUGGGCUUCACGGCGGUUCCUCACUUUCCUCCCAAGUUGACGCGUCCAAAGAACCGAAAGGUUCCCUCUCGGGCCUCGCUGCGUGGUGCCUCUUCCGAUACCGACUACGUCGAUGGAGACGCCAUCGUUCCCAGCUGCGAUGCUUGGCUGGACAACUCCAAGACCAUGAGCUACGCAGGCGGUGGCAGCACUGAGGACUUGGCGGCCACCAACGGCUCCGACGAUAAGGUCGACAAGGAGCGUGAGAACUGGCUCAACUUCAAGAACGAAAUCAUUCGUAUCGCACACACCCUCAGGCUCAAGGGGUGGAGACGCAUCCCUCUUGGAGGCGGAGAUAAGAUCUCUGUGGAGCGUCUCAGCGGUGCUCUCACCAACGCCGUCUACGUUGUCCACCCUCCUCGUAACCUUGAGGAGGUCGAGAACAAGCGUAUGCCUUCCAAGCUUCUGCUUCGUAUCUAUGGUCCACAGGUUGAGCACCUCAUCGACCGAGACAACGAACUCCAGGUGUUGCAGAGGCUGGCCCGCAAGAGGAUCGGACCACGACUGCUCGGUACAUUCCAGAAUGGUCGGUUUGAGCAGUUCUUCGAUUCCAUCACCCUGACUCCAUCGGACCUUCGCGACCCCGAAAUGUCCAAGCAGAUUGCAAAGCGAAUGAGGGAGCUUCACGACGGUAUCGAGCUGCUGCCUCAUGAGAGAGAGAACGGGCCCGCAACAUGGAAGAGUUGGGAUCAGUGGCUCGAUAAUGUCGAGCGGAUCGCCACCUUCCUAGACAAGGAGCUCGAGAAAGAGGCCAAGCCGCCGACGGAGCCACGCAACCCCAUUGUCCAUGCCUGGAAGAGCAGAGGCUACGUCUGCGGCACUCCCUGGCCUCAGUUCAAGGACAUGAUUGCCAAGUACCGUGCUCAUCUCUACAACCACUACAAAGGCGGUCAACGGGAAGUGAAGGACAAGAUUGUCUUUGCCCACAGUGACACGCAAUAUGGCAACAUUCUUCGAAUUCGCCCCGAUGACGAAAAGUCACCGCUUCUUCAGCCUGCCAACCAGCACAAGCAGCUCAUCGUCAUCGACUUUGAGUAUGCAGGCCCCAACACGCGUGGCCUUGAGUUCGCCAACCACUUCAACGAAUGGACGUACAACUACCACGACGCCGCAGUGCCCUGGGCGUGCAACGAGAGGCGGUAUCCCACCCCCGACGAGCAGCGUCGUUUCGUCAGGGCUUACGUCGAUCAUCGCCCCCGGUUCCAAGGAAAUGGGUCCACUCCAAGGCUGGCUCCUUCGGACGGGAACUUGUCUAGUGGCACUUCCACGCCCAUUGCGACGCCCCUGUCGACCCCCAGCAACCCUCCUGCCAGCAGCUCCAGCUCUAUCGUGGAAUUCAUGCUUGAUGCACGAGUGCCUCCCGGAGGAUGGAGCGCUGCAGAGCGAGCCAACGAGGAGGAGCGAGACCAGCGCGUGCGAGCUCUGUUGGAGGAGACGCAGUGGUGGCGCCCGGCCAAUCAUGCACACUGGAUCGCGUGGGGUAUCGUCCAGGCCAAGAUCCCAGUCCUUGACGACGCUGUGAAGGAGGAGGAUCUCGGACCUGACGAGUUUGACUACCUCAGCUAUGCCCAGGACCGUGUCAUGUUCUUCUGGGGAGACUGCGUGCAGAUGGGUCUCGUCAAGAAGGAAGAACUGCCAGAGCUUCUGCAGAAGAGGCUGAAGAUUGUCGAGUACUGA